UAGACAUGGCAUUCUGGCAGCUGUCAUCUUCUACUUCCAAAGUGUCUUUUUCUUUACCAAUGCCAGCAGUUUGUCUCCCACUCUAGGGUCUGUCCCCUGGUGUUUGUGGCAUAGGACACUGAUUCUUGCUACAUGUGGACCCCACAGCUGCUUUAUUCCCUGGAGGGUUUUUCUAGGCUCAGCCAGCCCGGGUCAGACGAAUAGUUUUAAGUUUUUUCCCUGUGAAUGAAGGCUGAUUUUUCUGUAUUCUUUUUAAAGCACAACAACUAUACAAAAUUCUACUCAUUUAGAAUUUUGAGUUCUACUGUUUUUGUGUUCAUAUUAGUAAAGUUAAUUGUUAAAAACAGACUGGGGUUUGAUUUUUGUGUCCAAGCCAAAGGCACUUGUUGGUAAUUUAGAGGAGCUGUGUUCUGCCUUAGGUUUGGAGCAUCCAUCAUGGUAUCCCUCAGCAGCAUAUGAUAAAAGGAGAGUGAUGGAUGGAAGUCUGGGAAUUUAGUCUAAGCCCUGCUCUGCUGUGGAUGUAAUCUUUUUGGAUGUCUUUUUGUCUUCUUGCUAAAUUGAGGAUUUUGAGUGAGGUGAUCUCUGGUGGCCCCAUCAAUUCAACAGUGUUUCUGCAGUUCUGUUUUAAUACUUGUUUCUCCUGACCAAAGCACACAGCCUUACCUUUAAAUUGAAAAGGAGAAAUCCAUAGUCAACAACAGUUUUGGCUGUCAGCUCAAGGCUGCUGAAGAAAAAUACGUAGAAGCAGCUCCAGUACUGUGCAAAAGUAACUCUUGACAUGUCUGCCAAGCACAGGGUUAAGUCAGUACCUUGUGUAGGCAACUGCAGGCAGUUGGCUUCAGGAACCUAGAUGGAUUUAUAAAGUUAAAUAAUAAUUAACUUUAUAAUUAAAAUUAAAUAUUUUAAUUAUAUAAUUAAUUAAUAUUUAAUAAUUAAUAUACAAUUAAUAUAUAAAAUUAAUUAAUUAAAUUACAUAAUAAUUAAAAAUAAAAACCAAAUCUUGGAAGGACUGAAGGGGAAGCUGAAUUGGUUAAGGUGCUGUGUGGCUCUUGUUUUCUUUGAUCUUGAGAUGAAUUUGAACCCGGGUAGGAGUGCUUGGUUAGUGCCGACUGCCUGAUCUAUACUCUGCUGCAAAAGCAUACACAAUCUGUAAAUGGAUUAUAAUCUAUAGAGUUAAGUGCUCCUAUAUUAGUUUGAAACUAGCACAUUAUUUUUAAUAAAAUGUGUGCUUUGUGGGGGGAGGGGACCUAAGAAUUAAUUGUGGUUAUCGGUACCUAAGGUCCUUACUGAGUCUUGCCUGUGGUAUUAGUGAAGAUUUAUGAAUGCUUACUGUGUGCCUGGCAAGGCUGAGCCUUUCCCAUGUGUGACCUUGUGCUGUCCUGGGUGAAGUUGGUGCUCAUGGUUCAGGUGAAGAGUGAUGGGUAGAAGAGGUAGGAACUGACCCCGUCACCCACCUCACGAAUGUGGGAUUAUGGGUAAAUACCUGGGCCACAGUGGCCCUGGCUGCUUCCCAGUGGGUGUGGAAGGACUUGUUUAAUUACAUAUUUUUUCUUUUGUAGUAGGCUAGCCUGGUUUUUUAUUUCUUUUUACAGCCGUCCACAGUCAGUUUUAUCUUGCUCAUCGAAGCUGGAGAAUUAUGUCUCUGUGUGUAGGCUCCAAGUAUGAAAUCAUUGUAUAUUUCUCUUUAGAUAUAUUUGCUUUUCUGCGUGUGAAGGAAGGUUCCAUUUGAGCAGGGAGACUGACUUUCAAAUGAGGGUUCUUUGUUGGAUGAAAGUGAAGCAAACUUUUAUUUUGGCAGCAACAGGGAUAAAGUAAACAUCAGUAUAGCACAGACCUGGGCUUCCAGCUCACUUUGCUCAACUCUUCCAGACCCCUAAGCAAACACAGAUGAGUUUCCACUUCUCAGUUUUAUGUAGUAAGUUCUUUAGACUAUAAAUUCCAAAUGCUACUUGGAAUUUUUCAAUGUUUGCUUGAUUGCUUGCCAUGGGCAGGUCACAAGGCUUGGUUUAUAUGAUAUAAAGGUUUUAGAAGGUGGUGAUGAGUACUAAGGUGUUUGUUUUUGUGUUUUGUUUUGUUUUGUUUUGUUUUUUUGGGCUAUAUUGUGUUCUCUCCUGAUGGUGAUUCUGAUGUUUUUAACUCAGUUUUAAAUGACUAAAUUUCCUGGUAAUUUCGUGGCAGGAGCUUUGAAAACCUUCUGAUUUUUAAGAAGUAGAAUGAGGGUGGUCUUUGAAAAGGUGGUGUUCUGAAUUUAGUCCUGAUGUGCAAAAAAUUCCAGGAAUGAUUAAUAAAAAUAGAGAGGCUGGAGGGUGGCAUGGGGAAAGGCUUGGUGUACCUGAGCUGCCCCCAUCCUCGCCAUCGUCAAAUACUGUGACUGUGACAUUUUGAAGUGUUGUUUUGAGUAUUUGUAAGUGUUGCUUUUAAUCCUAGAAUCUCAUGACUGUAUUUUCACCUCUUAGCCCCUAGUAAUUGUAAGAAUGAAAAGAAGAGGAUGUGUGCGGUCAGCUGAUAACUCAGCGGCACGGGCUCAGGUGGCAGGCGCCUGAGACAGUGGCUCACGGUGCUGCUUCCCUAGAUGAAGCCCUGGGAGGCCCCUCAAAGGGGUCUCGGCUCUAGCUCCACUGCAGCCUUCGUCUUGCAUCUGAAAUACUGAUACAAGAUGUCCGUGCUCUCUUUAUGGAUCUGCUACACUUUUUAAAAAUACAAAUUUUGUUUUCUUUUUAAAGCAAAAUGAAAUGAAAUGAGGUAUUUUCAUGACAUGAUCUCCUUGAGCCUCUACCACAGCAGUCUGUGUGUAUUUGUGUAUGAUACGUCUUUGCACCAGCACAGUACACGAGUGCCGAAGCUCUGAGCUCCAAGAUGCUCUCUCCUUAGAUUUCUGUGCAGAGGGGUUGUGGGGUUACUUUGUGUGUGGAUUUUGGUGUUGUUUUUGAUGGUUUUUUUUGUUUUUAGUUUUUUGCUAGCAUUGUGUGAUAGUAUUUUGGUAUCAAUAAUCAAGUUUCAUUUGUACUACUAAUCUUUAAAUAAGAAAAUUAUGUUAUUUUUUUUAAUUUACUGCUAAACAUAAAAAAAUCAACACCGUUGAUUAUUGAAAUUCACCACUAAUUAUUUCCAUGAUCGAUACUGUAGAAAAAAAGGACCUUGUUGUUUAGAUUAUCUGUCAUUAGUAACUGUUUCUUCAGAAGAUAGAGUUUUAUGUUGGCCUAAAAAAGAAGCUUUAACUUUCAACUGAAAUUUAACCCUUGAGUGCCCUUUGCCCCCUCUACACACUGGUUAAGUGGGGUCCUUUUCCUGUCUGCAUUGUCUCCUUGGUUUGCAGGACUGUAUAGCCCUCUGCAUAGCUGUGCCAAAUCACAGCACAUGCAGGAGUGUUUUUUCUUAUUCCUAUUGGUGUCUCCGUCACUGGGGAUAGAGCCAUGGCCAUGGGGUUUGAUUUGUACAGUCCUUAGGUAGAGUGGCUGCAAUAUUAUUUGAAUGCAGCCAUUGGUAGACAGUUUUGUGGGUUUUUUAUAUUUUAUUUCAUUGCAUUUGCUGAGCUGAUUGUAAUGUUAAAAUAGGCAUUUAUAUGACACAGUAACAUUAUAUUUUAGCAUUUAUUUUAUCUUCCUAAGGAAAUUUAGAAGUGAUAUUGCAAGUGAUAAUUGAUCUUUAUGAAUAAAAAUUACCACUAUACUUAAGUGAAACAAAGCAAGUAUGUUUUGCUUGUUUGCAAUGUGUUUUAAUUUUUACAACUAUUUAUAGAUUUAUUACCUCCUUUAACCAAAAGAACUACAGUAAAUAAAAACACAUGUUGGUGUAGCCUUUUCUAAGAAGGAAGACUCCAGAACAACCUUUUAAGGGCUGGUUUUGUAGUCACUUGAGUAUGUUGAUGCGUGUCUCCUCACCUGAUGGCCUUGUGUGUCUGUCUGCCCAUGCCUUUCUGCUUUUCCUGCCCGGACGGACGGCCCGACGGCAACACCACAACCACAGGAGCUGGAUGAGCUUGCUGAUGACCGCAUGGCACUGGUGUCAGGCAUCAGCUUAGAUCCAGAAGCAGCAAUUGGUGUGACAAAGCGGUCACCUCCAAAAUGGGUGGAUGGAGUAGAUGAAGUACAGUAUGAUGUUGGCCGCAUUAAACAGAAGAUGAAGGAGUUAGCCAGCCUUCAUGACAAGCAUUUGAACAGACCCACCUUGGAUGACAGCAGCGAGGAAGAGCAUGCCAUCGAGAUAACCACCCAAGAGAUCACACAGCUCUUCCACAGGUGCCAGCGUGCCGUGCAGGCCUUGCCCAGUCGGGCACGAAGGGCCUGCUCUGAGCAGGAAGAGCGGCUACUGCGGAACGUGGUGGCCUCCCUGGCACAGGCCCUGCAGGAGCUGUCCACCAGCUUCCGGCAUGCACAGUCCGGCUACCUGAAACGCAUGAAGAACCGAGAGGAAAGAUCACAGCAUUUCUUCGACACAUCAGUGCCACUAAUGGAUGAUGGAGAUGAUGCUGCUUUGUAUGGUCAGGGUUUCACGAAUGACCAACUGGUACUGGUAGAGCAGAACACACUGAUGGUGGAGGAGAGAGAGCGGGAGAUCCGUCAGAUUGUGCAGUCCAUUUCUGACCUCAGUGAAAUCUUCAGGGACUUGGGAGCCAUGAUUGUGGAGCAGGGUACAGUCCUUGACAGAAUUGACUAUAAUGUUGAACAGUCCUGUGUCAAGACCGAAGAUGGCUUGAAACAGCUUCACAAGGCAGAGCAGUACCAAAAGAAGAACCGGAAGAUGCUCGUGAUCUUGAUACUGGUUGUCAUCAUCGUAGUCCUCAUUGUGGUCCUCAUCGGCGUAAAGUCUCGUUAGUGGCACCAAGUUCUUGAGUCUGCUACUGCAUGGAUUCCUUGGGUAUGAGGGCUUCGCUGGUGCCACACUGCUGUACUGCCCACAGAGUGCAGCCCACUGGCCCAGCAACGGGCAGUGGGCCUUCCUGUGGGUGCCCCUCCUGUAGACUGGAAUGCAGCAGGCUCAGCUGUGGGUUUCCAUCUCUGUCCAGAGUUUAAGGACUGGGAGCUGUUGCUGAGGAGACUGGCCCUGUGACCAGCUGUCAUGUAAACAUGUUUUCUAGAAAGUGAGAGGAGAAAAUGAAGGUUUACAGGCAUUGCCGAGC